GGUUGGGUGAGGACCAUGGCCUCCCACCCACUGCUGGUGGCCCCCCCAGAAGCCCUGAGUAAGCCCCUGUCCCUCCCCAGCCGGCUUCUGCUGGGGCCCGGCCCCUCUAACCUGACCCCCCGCGUCAUGGCGGCUGGGGGGAGGCAGACAAUAGGACACAUGCACAAGGAGAUGUUCCAGAUCAUGGACGAGAUCAAGCAAGGCAUCCAGUACGUGUUCCAGACCCGGAACCCCCUCACGCUGGCCAUCAGCGGCUCGGGGCACUGUGCACUGGAGGCCGCCCUGUUCAACCUCCUGGAGCCGGGGGACUCCUUCCUGGUCGGGGUCAACGGCAUCUGGGGGCAGCGGGCCCAGGACAUCGGGGAGCGCAUCGGAGCCCGCGUACACCCCAUGAUCAAGGACCCUGGAGGCCACUUCACGCUGCGGGAGGUGGAGGAGGCCCUGGCCCAGCACAAGCCCGUGCUGCUGUUCCUGACCCAGGGAGAGUCAUCCAGUGGCGUGCUGCAGCCCCUCGAUGGCUAUGGGGAGCUCUGCCACAGGUACCAGUGCCUGCUGCUGGUGGACUCGGUGGCAUCCCUGGGCGGGGUCCCCAUCUUCAUGGACCAGCAGGGCAUCGAUGUCUUAUACUCGGGCUCCCAGAAGGUCCUGAACGCCCCUGCAGGCACCUCGCUCAUCUCCUUCAGCGACAAGGCCAAAAAUAAGAUCUACACUCGGAAGACCAAGCCCUUCUCCUUCUACCUGGACAUCAAGUGGCUGGCCAACUUCUGGGGCUGUGACGACAAGCCCAGGCUAUACCAUCACACCACCCCCGUGGUCAGCCUGUACAGCCUGAGAGAGAGCCUGGCCCAUCUAGCAGAGCAGGGCCUGGAGAAGAGCUGGCAGCAGCACCGCGAGGCCUCAGAGUACCUGCACGGGCGCCUGCAGGGGCUGGGCCUACAGCUCUUCGUGAAGGAUCCGGCGAUCCGUCUGCCCACCGUCACCACCGUGGCCGCACCUGCGGGCUACGACUGGAGAGACCUCGUCAGCUACGUCAUGGACCACUUCAGCAUCGAGAUCACGGGCGGCCUCGGGCCCUCGGUGGGGAAGGUGCUGCGGAUUGGCCUGCUGGGCUGUAACGCCUCCCGGGAGAACGUGGACCGAGUGAUUGGGGCCCUGCAGGAGGCCCUGCAGCGCUGCCCCCGGAACAAGCUGUGA